UGACAACAUCGUCGAUAAGUCGAAACCACGUCGACAAUAUCUUGCCGCUAGUGCAAUGAGCUGGCAGGAGAAUGAGACUGGCUUUGCCCUGCCGGAAGUGCCCGGCGUGGGCAACAGCACGCACUUCUGUCAUGAGUGCGCGAGAUCGGUCAGACCGAGCAAUCCGACUGCACCCACGCCGACAUGCCCGCUUUGUCAUGGCGAAUUCUUAGAAGAGGCAAGUCAUGUCACUAUCUCUGCGGCAUGAUCAGCAUACAGAUCGCCCCUGGUGCUUCUUCGUCGUCUGAUCGCUGCAGACCAUGAGGUCACACGAGCUGACUGUUGCUGUGCUCAGAUCGAGGGUGCCUCGGAUGAUCCAAGACAAUUCGAUGCACCGGGCCCGUUCGCAAUGUUCAAUACACCGUCAGGAGGUCCAGAAGGCGAGCCGUCAGACAAUGAGACGCCGACGCAUCCCUUCGGCGCCCUAUUACAGCAUUUCUUCAGUAUGGCAGGCGCACCAGACAGUGCGCGACCUGCACAGCCUGCCACGCCUGCAGGCAACGAGAAUAGCCCAACGAGGACAUCGAGUGAUCCCCGGAGAGCCGCUGCCGACGCCGCUGAGCGCCGCGCUCGAGGCGAACCACUUCAGCCGGCAGCAGAUGACGCGACUGCCACCACAACGAGAACAGCUACCUUCACCUUCGAGAACGGGCGCGGCGUAACGAUGCAUGGCACUCUAGACGGCGACGGAUCAAGAGACGGUGCACCUGUGCCUGUGCGCCAGCUGAGCGAUUUCCUCGCUGGCGCUUUUGGUGCUCCUGCCGCAGAUCCAAGCGCGCCAGGCGAACAGGGCGAGCGACGAACGGAUCAGCCGACAAGCUUUUCCGAGCAGCUACUCGCCAUGCUGGGCAUUCGUGCAGAAGGCGGUGCAUUCCGCAGUGAAGGCAGCGGCUUCCAGUUCUACUUUGGCGGAGGCGGCAGGAUGGGUCAAUUUGGCGAUUACGUAUCAGAGCAAGGGUUGCAGAACGUCUUGACCGAGCUGAUGGAGCAAGCGCAAGGUCAGCAUGGUCCUGCGCCGGCUACAGAGGAAGUCAUCGCAGAGCUGCCGCGCUGCAAGCUCACCACUGAGAUGCUAGCGCACGAUACGAUGACGAGCUGUCCGAUCUGUCAAGAUGACUUUCAGAUUGACGAGAUGGCGAUCAAACUGCCCAAACCUUGCAAUCACGUCUUCCAUCAGGAUUGCUUGACGCCAUGGCUCAAGACAUCUGGAACCUGUCCUGUCUGUCGGUAUGAGCUCGUGCCUCAGCCUAGUCACGCCAGGCCAGAUAGUGGUGGUCCACACACCCCUCGGUCGCCAGCCGUGCCGAACGAGCACAGACCAGCGAGUCUCUCUCCGGUCGUCGAAGGCAGCCGACUGCCAGGCGAAUUCCCAUUCUUCCAAGGGGCUAUCAGGCCGCCCGCACCAGGGCCCCGACCGCCGCAGAACUUACCUCCGCAGGACGACGUCGAUUGAGUCGGGCGAAUACUGACGGCCAACACUUCAGGUAGCUAGUCAUGUCUACAGAUCUCUGUUGUUGUUAUGGAUGACAUGCAUUGUCUCUGUUGGAAUACACACA